AUGGAGAGCCUCUUCAACCAGCCUGGGAAGUGGAGGAGUCAUGAGGCUGUAAGAUCAAUGUUCCACACACAGAUGAGGAUCGAGCUGCGGGCACUGAGCAAAAUAUCUCCAGGGGACGAGCUGACUGUUUCCUACGUGGAUUUCCUCAACGUGAGCGAGGAGCGACGGAAACAGCUGAAGAAGCAGUAUUACUUCGACUGCACCUGCGAGCACUGCAAGAAGCAGAUCAAGGAUGACCUGAUGCUGGCGGUGAAGGAGGGCGAGAGAAAGCCCUCUGCAGAGACGGUGAAGGAGGUCAUCCAGUUCUCCAAGGACACGCUGGAGAAGAUCAACAAGGCCCGCAUGGAAGGACUUUACCAUGAAGUUGUGAAGCUGUGCCGUGAGUGCCUGAAGAAACAGGAGCCUGUGCUGGGGGACACCAACAUCUACCUCCUGAGGAUCCUCAGCAUUGCCUCCGAGGUGCUCUCCUACCUCCAGAUGUUUGAGGAAGCAGCCGACUAUGCCAAGAGGAUGGUGGACGGCUACCUGAAAAUAUACCAUCCCAACAACGCACAGCUGGGGAUGGCUCUGAUGCGGGCAGGAGUGACUCACUGGCAUGCUGGUCUCAUUGAAGCCGGGCAUGGCUUGAUCUGUAAAGCCUAUGCCAUUCUCCUGGUAACCCAUGGACCUUCUCACCCAAUUACCAAAGACCUGGAGGUCAUGCGUGUCCAGACGGAGAUGGAGCUGCGCAUGUUCCAGCAGAACGAGUUCAUGUAUUACAAGAUGAGGGAAGCUGCCCUCAAAAACCAAAAGAUUCAAGUCAUGCCUGAACCCAGCAAUGAGACCUCACCAAGCCUCUUCCACAAGAAGGAAUAAACCCUGAGCUUGACACAAAUUCAUGCCUGUGGGAUAACACCACCUGUGGCACUUCCAAACAUUGGGAAAGUGAUAUGGGCAUGUGAUAUAUCCAUAAGGAUUGUUUCCAGUGGCACCAGUCUGACAGCAUGGACCUGCUGGGGGAGAGUCCUGAAAAAUCUGAGGGCUCAAAGCAGAAGAGAUCUUGGCAGAAACAACAUCCUUUUUCUACCACUAGCAUUAAAAAUCAAAGAAAAAAACCUGUUAUAAAAUUACUUACAUUCUUAUUGGAAGCCUGUUUCUCUCUACACAAGUCCUGAUCUUGAAGCCUUUGGUUAAAUUUUAAUCGAUUCCUUCCUAAGUGCUUUUUUUCCCCCUCACUUCCUUGUGA